GUCGCGUAGCUUAGCGUGUAUGCUAACUGUAAACUGUAAUAUUUAGCCACACCUCGUAGGUCCAUCUUCACAAACAAGAAUGGAUUUAAGUUAACAAUGAUUGGAGAGAAAAAGAAGAAGAAGCGGCUGAACCGCAGCAUACUUCUGGCUAAGAAAAUCAUCCUUAAAGAUGGAGGCACUCCACAGGGGAUUGGCGACCCCAGUGUCUACCAUGCGGUGGUGGUUAUCUUCCUGGAGUUCUUCGCCUGGGGACUGCUCACCACUCCCAUGCUUACGGUGUUACAUCAGACAUUCCCACAGCACACAUUCCUGAUGAACGGGCUUAUUCAUGGUGUCAAGGGUCUGCUGUCUUUCUUAAGUGCUCCAUUAAUCGGUGCUCUAUCAGAUGUGUGGGGCCGGAAGUCCUUUCUGCUACUCACUGUAUUCUUCACUUGUGCUCCCAUCCCUCUUAUGAAGAUCAGCCCAUGGUGGUACUUUGCAGUGAUCUCCAUGUCUGGCGUCUUUGCGGUCACAUUCUCUGUGAUCUUUGCAUAUGUGGCCGAUAUCACCCAGGAGCAUGAAAGGAGCACAGCGUAUGGCUUGGUGUCAGCCACUUUUGCAGCCAGUCUAGUGACAAGCCCAGCAAUUGGUGCAUACCUGUCUGAGGCAUAUGGAGAUACUUUAGUGGUGAUCCUGGCCACAGCCAUUGCCCUGCUGGACAUCUGUUUCAUCCUGGUGGCGGUUCCCGAAUCCCUGCCUGAGAAGAUGAGACCAGCAUCCUGGGGAGCCCCCAUUUCCUGGGAACAGGCAGACCCCUUUGCAUCUUUGCGUAAGGUGGGUCAGGACUCCACGGUACUCCUGAUCUGCAUCACAGUCUUCCUGUCCUACCUGCCUGAGGCUGGACAGUAUUCCAGUUUCUUCCUGUAUCUCAGACAGGUCAUAAGAUUUACACCCGAAACAGUUGCUGCCUUCAUUGCAGUGGUGGGAAUCCUCUCCAUUUUGGCUCAGACGGUUGUCCUGGGAAUCCUGAUGCGUUCCAUUGGAAAUAAGAACACUAUCUUGUUAGGCCUCGGCUUUCAGAUCCUACAGCUGGCCUGGUACGGCUUUGGCUCUCAGCCCUGGAUGAUGUGGGCUGCUGGAGCUGUUGCUGCCAUGUCCAGCAUCACCUUUCCAGCGAUCAGUGCCAUAGUGUCCCGCAACGCAGACCCUGACCAACAGGGUGUGGUACAGGGGAUGAUCACAGGAAUCCGAGGACUAUGUAAUGGCCUGGGUCCGGCACUCUAUGGCUUUGUCUUCUACCUGUUUCAUGUGGAGCUCAGUGAACUGGAUCCUGCUGAGAGCCCAGAGAAGGGUGCCAAACCCAACAUGGCCAACCCCACAGAUGAGAGUGCCAUCAUCCCUGGCCCUCCCUUCCUGUUUGGAGCAUGCUCCGUGUUGCUCUCCCUGCUGGUUGCUCUCUUCAUCCCAGAGCACAACGCCCUCAACAUGCGGUCCGGCAGCUACAAGAAGCACAACAAUGGUGCACAGAGCCACUUACACAGCUUACAGGGCAGCCCCAGUGAGGGCAAAGAGCCUCUCCUGGAGGACAGCAGUGUAUAACCCCACUGACGAGGGGGCGGGCACAGACCCCAAACCCUCUCACACUCAUCUCCCCAAGAAAUCACCACCCUCUUCUUGUUACCCCACAGCUUGGAGAAGGCAUGCCAGGUUGGUUGCUUUCUGGAUGCAUCAGAAUAGUGUCCCUGCAGAUGGGCUGUGGGUACAUGGGGUACUGGUGCACAUAUUAUAAGUGUGGAACUGGACCAACAGGGAGCUGCCCUUGGCCUUGUGGAACAAGAAGUGAAGCUAAGGAUAUUUUGCCUGACACAUGUAAGGGAAAUGCAAGCCGACACAGCUCUGUGCUGAAAAGGACUUGAAGGUUUUCCUCGUUUUUACAGUUACAUUUUUUUUUGUGUGUGUGUGUGUGUGUGUGUUCUCUCUUUUGGAUUUUUGACGUUAAUGAUGUAAAUGUUCCUUCUGUCCAAAGAAACCUGGUAACUAUAACAGUAGGAAACUUGUCUGUUGUGAUACGUUGCAGGCUAACUUUUGAUGUGCUGCUUUCUACUGGUUGAUUUUGGUUUUGUAUUUAAUAAGAAUGAAAGUGAUGCGUCUAGAAAGUGUGUUUUCACUUUGCAUCUGUGGAGUGCCUCAAACUGUACCCUUAAUGGGUUAUUUCUUCCAUUUCUGUCAUUUAGUCACUAUAAUGCCGAUCCAAACACAUUUAACUAACUUGAUAUUGUGGAACACAUAAGUGAUUAGCUAGCAGUGUCCAAGCUCUCCUUUCCCUGGUCACCAUUUACUUUCAUUGUAUGGAAAAGAACGACAAUGAAGGUAAAUUUUGAUGGAAGAAAGAAAGUCAUAAGGUUUAUAAUAACAUUAGGGUGAGUAAAUGAAUUAGUUCUUUUAGGGUGAACUAUCCCUUUAAGGAAAUGUAACCAAGAAAUGUCAGAAAGAGGGUUGUCAUCGUCAUCAUCAUUUUACAGAAUCAUUGCUGUUGUAUCAUACCCCUUGAACCUACCAUUCCUGUUCUUGUACAUCAGAUGAAUUAAUUUGUACUUUCUCUCCAUCACCAUCCUAAGAGUGGUGUCAAAGUUUUAUGUAGAGGAACUAAAAGUUGCCUUUGAAGUGACUUUUUAUUGCUAUUACCUAACCCAGAUGAAGAUGUGCUCUGAGAAGGGUCAGUAAUUGUAUCACUCCUGUUGGAGCCUGUGCAUAUUGAGUUCUUGUUUAUCAUCCGCCUCACCUCCUCCAGCCCUCCCUGUGAAAGUCAACACUGCCAAUUUACAACAGGCUAGCAGGGUCCUCUUCUCAUUACAAGCUUACAGAUAGUAAUCGAGUUGUACCUAGUUUUCACAUUCACAAGCACUGAUGUGAGUGGAAUAGCGUAAAUGUGAUUUGGAUGAGUGUCACUAGAUCCAGUGAAAUAAUAUCACACAUGCUGCUAUUGUAGGAUUUACAAGGUCACUAGUUCUGUGGUAUUAUACUAGAAUCUAAAUGUGGUAUUUCAAUUAGAUCCGAGCAUUGUGAAAUCCAGCGUAAUUGUAGAUCCCAAAAUUUGUGGCUGAUUUUCUAUUUGAAGUGUGCUUUUCUUUCUGUUGAGAAAAACUUUGAAUACUUAUCUAAACGUGAUGAGCAUUUGAUUUCCCUGGGUACAGCCUCAAGUGCAUUCAACACGCAUUAUUUGAUUUGUUUUUUAAAUCAAGCUCUUGUUUUUUUGUUUUUUUUUUGUUUAUUUGGUUUUAGGUGCCAUACCUAUUUCUGUGUGUUUUUAUUUCUUUUGCUUGUCUCUCUCUUUCUGGUAUUUGUAUGUGUUUUUUUUCUUCAAUCCACAAGAGUUUUCUAGAUAACCCAAAGGCUUAGUCAUCAUAAUUGGUUUUUAAACACUGUUUUUGGACCAUUUAUGUUCUUACAACCUUGCGAACAAUGUAGAUGUUAUUUAAAAUUGACUAAAAUUGUUUUCCUUGAAGUUCUGUAACACUUAUCUACAUUGAUCCGUAUGACCAAACCUGAAUGGAGUUAAUUGUAAUAUAUCCUAUUAAGGAAUGGAGACUGUGGUUACCAUCCUGUUUUGUACCUGUAUAAUUGCUCCUCUGACUAGCCACUAACUUGCAAAGAAAUCUAGUGUUUGCCUCAGAAAAAAACAAAAAAAAAAGCCAAUUUAUUUGUGCCUAAAAUGUGCUCUAAAAUAAUAGAAACCGUAUAUGUGAAUGGUGAACUGGCUGUAAAUAUUAGGAACUAAUGAGAAAAUAUUUAUUAAAAGUAUAUUGAAGUCUUUGUGGGGGUGGGGAGGUUUUCUCUUUAAAAAAAAACAUAAUAUAAUCCGCUGAUGGCUUGUUUGUAAUGAUGUCUUCUUACACUGACAAAUAUCCUCUUCUUGUGCCUGCAAGAUCUACUGGACCAGUUUGGAAUUCUGAAAGACUGUUGGUCUUUUACGUUUUGCCAUUUAUUAAACAUUUUGAUGAAA